AUGAAUCGCCAUAGCCGAAGCCAGUCGCAGCUGACCCCGCAACUGAACCCCCAGGAGACGCUGGCUGCUCUCCUAGAACAGCUUGUCUACAUCGAUACCUUCAUGAACGGGGGUCAAACCACGCCCAAUUUGGAUGCUGAUGGCCAGCUAUCCAUGGAGUUAGCCGCUUUUGCCGAUGACCUGUUUGUAUUCCCCGAUGAGACCAAAUCCGAAGCUGAUCAUAGAUGGAACGACUUUGAUGAACCCCAAAGCCUGAGUUCAGCUCAGGCAGCAAACCAAAACCAUUCUUCUAACCAAUCUCAUGGGCAUAAUGGUCCAUUAGGAGCACUCCCUAAGUUCCCCGUGCCGCCGGGAGCGAAACUGCUGUUGGAACUGGCGGGCUUGUCCCUGAACCAAAUCGACUUAUUAUCGGCUUUGGUGGCCCAACACCAACAACUGCUAGGCAAACAAAUACCCUCUACAAGUGUUGAUGCUUCGGUAACUCCUUCAACGACGUCUACUCUGAGUCUACUGCUGCUGUACCCGAUGGCACCAUUACCGAUAUUUGACCUUGCCAGUGGCUUUGGCAGUAGUCACGCCACGCCUCCGUCACACCCCACACCACACCAAAAUCAUAUGCUGGUAUAUCUGCUGCUUCUCCAUCCGCUGCCGUCGCUGCUGGAAGAUAAUGCCAGUCAGGCGCUGCCGCUGCUGACCGAGCUAGAUAAGCGGCGACGCAAUACCGCAGCCUCGGCCCGGUUUAGAAUCAAGAAAAAGAUGAAAGAGAAACAAAUGGAGCUGAGGAUCGUCGAAUUAAACUCGACGGUGAAAGAUUUCGAACUGAAAAUCUCGCGGUUGGAAAUGGAAAAUAAACUUUUGCGCAAUUUGAUCAUUGAAAAGGGGUCGCAGAAAUCCGAUGACGAAUUGAAACAAUUAAAGGAAAAAGUCAUGCGACGCAAUGAUUAG